GAUGGGGCACUAUUCCUCCCACUGACACCAACGAUGGGGCACUAUUCCUCCCACUGACACCAACGAUGGGGCACUAUUCCUCCCACUGACACCAACGAUGGGGCACUAUUCCUCCCCCCACUGACACCAACGAUGGGGCACUAUUCCUCCCCCCACUGACACCAACGAUGGGGCACUAUUCCUCCCCCACCACUGACACCAAGAAUGGGGCACUAUUCCUCCCCCCACCGACACCAACGAUGGGGCACUAUUCCUCCCCCCACCGACACCAACGAUGGGGCACUAUUCCUCCCCCC